CUGGCUGCAGCCAGGCGGCCGGCGGGCCAGGUAGGAUUUCCGGGGGAAACUACUGUGGAGUCUGAGGCGGCGGCGGCGGCCACCCGGAAACUAUACUCCACCUCCCAAAACUGGUUAAUAGUGGCAUGGAAGAUCCAUUUGAAGAAGCAAGCCAGCCCACCGCAGACCCAGGCAUGGUCAUGGACAGUGUGGAAGCAGGAGACACAACGCCUCCCACCAAAAGGAAGAGCAAGUUCUCAGGCUUUGGCAAGAUCUUCAAGCCCUGGAAAUGGCGGAAAAAAAAAAGUAGUGAUAAAUUCAAAGAGACAUCAGAAGUUUUAGAGCGAAAAAUAUCUAUGCGAAAACCGAGAGAAGAGCUGGUUAAAAGAGGGGUUCUGUUGGAAGACUCUGAGCAGGAUGGUGAGGAUCCAGGGAAGUUGAGCCAUGCCAUGUUAAAAAAUGGCCAUACCACUCCCAUAGGGAGUACCAGAUCUUCUAGUCCCGAGCAAGCAGAAGAAGAGUCAGGAAGAAUAGCAAGUCUUAGGAAUCCUGUUCCAGAAGAGGACCCAAAGAAGCGACUAGGCUCAACUGGAAGCCAGCCUAAUUCUGAAGCAGAGUCCGUUCCUGAGAACGCACCCAGACAGCCUUUGCUUCCCCCUAAAAGACCCUUGUCCUCUUCUCACGAAGCAAACGAAGGGCAAGCAAAGGCUGCCGCUUCCUCUGGCAGCACGGCAUGGCCCAUCUCCUCGGCCCCCGCUGCCGCCCCCACCGCAGCACCCGCUGCCGCCCCUGCUGCCGUGAACCCAGCAAAGACUGUUGGUUCCUCCGUCCCCCCGUCCCCAGCACCCAGGACUCUGCCCGCCGCUCCGGCCAGUGCGAACACUACCGCUGCCCCAAGCCUCACUCCCUCGGUCCCUGCCAAGCAGCCGCCUGUCCCUCCCCCUAAACCAGCUCACAGAAAUAGCAACCCUGUCAUUGCCGAACUGUCCCAAACAAUAAACAGCGGUACAUUAUCAAAACCAUCCCCCCCCUUACCACCUAAGAGAGGCAUUCCAUCAACCUUGGUACCCGCCUCGGAGUCUGCUGCUGCCACCACCACAAAAGCACCAAGUGAUCAGAGAGAAAGGAACACAUGCUCUGUGGGCUCUGAACCACUGUUGAUGAUCCCACCUCCCUCUUCAUCCCCCCCACUGCCUACUCAUAUACCUCCCGAACCCCCACGGUCCCCUCCAUUCCUUGCUAAGACUUUUCAAGUUGUGCCAGAAAAUGAGUUCCCACCUUCCUUAAACCUGUGCCAGGAGGUAUCCCAGCAGGAAGAUCAGAAAAAGGAAGUACCCAAGAGGAUGUUGGACCACAGCUUUGGGGAGCCGCAUGUGCCCUGUAGGCUGCCUCCACUCCCACUGCAUAUCCGAAUCCAGCAGGCCCUGACCAGCCCACUUCCCGUGACUCCUCCCUUGGAGGGCUCUCACAGAGCUCAUUCCUUGCUUUUUGAGUAUAGUGACAACUUUUCUGAGGACAGCAGCACCCUGGGUCGGACCAGGUCACUUCCUGUCACUAUUGAAAUGCUGAAAGUUCCAGACGAUGAAGAAGAAGAGGAACAAAGCCACCCAUCUGCAUUCAUUGAAGAUGCGGCAUCUACCUCACUUGUUCCUGAACUACCACAGUGUCUGCAGGAGGAAGAGGAAGAGAAGGAGAGUGACUCUGAUUCAGAAGGUCCCAUUCAAUACCGAGAUGAAGAGGAUGAAGAUGAGAGCCAUCAUAGUGCUCUGGCCAACAAAGUGAAGAGGAAGGACACACUGGCAAUGAAGUUGAACCACAGACUCAGUGAACCAGAGUUGAACAUGAAUUCUUGGCCUCGGAAAAGCAAAGAGGAAUGGAAUGAAAUACGGCACCAGAUUGGGAACACACUGAUCCGACGGCUGAGUCAAAGACCAACACCGGAAGAACUAGAACAGCGAAAUAUACUACAACCUAAAAAUGAAGCUGAUCGGCAAGCAGAAAAACGAGAGAUUAAACGUCGGCUCACUAGAAAGCUCAGUCAAAGGCCAACCGUGGCUGAACUACUUGCCAGGAAGAUCCUGAGGUUUAAUGAAUAUGUGGAAGUAACAGAUGCUCAAGAUUAUGACCGACGAGCCGACAAACCUUGGACCAAACUGACCCCUGCUGACAAGGCUGCCAUAAGAAAAGAAUUAAAUGAAUUUAAAAGCUCAGAGAUGGAGGUUCAUGAAGAGAGCAAACAUUUUACACGCUACCAUCGUCCAUGAUGCUGAAGUCUGAGAGAGGAACUAAACAACUCCCCAACACAGGGCUGUUUGGCUGCUUCAGUCUCCAGAGUGAUGUGAAAGGAAUUUCUGCACUUCCCAGCACAGCCAGGAUUGAGUCCUCUGGGAUGUAGUUCUGGGGCAAACAGCACUUCUAUGAAUGUAGCAUUUCACUGGAAUGGGUGGUCAUGUGCUGCUCUGGACAAAACUGAACACUUUUUCAGUGCUCUUGAACCUUGUAAUAUUGCAGCAUACUUGAGGGGUCUUCCUCACCAGCCACCCUCGCCCCAAGAUGACUGCUUGCGCUGGGGCACAGUUUGCACCAUUAGCCUUACCUGCUCGGUCCUGGUUCUGAGAUCCCCUUGUGUGGCACCAUAUUCCAGCUGUCAAAUCCAGCUGGUGGUGGCAGGAACCUUCUGGAGGCCCCCAGCCUUCUGGCACAGGGGCCCCCAUGUCCAGGGCAUGCCUCCACACCACACUGGCACAUCCAUGGAAAGCACCGCACUAUGCCUCUCAUAACACAGCAGUAUAGUCCUCUUCAGGCAGUCCAGCCUCAGAGAAGCUCAGGAUCUGACAUGGUCCAACCUUUUGGCACAAGUCAUCCUGAUUUUUAUUUUUAAAAUUAAAAAAAAAAAAAAAAAUCUUGAAGAAGUGCUGGAAACUUACAUUUUUCCUAUCUAUUAAACAAUCUGAGCUGCAACUAGAUGCCAAGUUUGGAAAAUGAGAAAGCAUAUAUGUUUUCUAUAUACAAAACCAAAACCAAAAAAAGGCCUUUAUUGUUAAUGCCAACUUGUCAGAAAACUCACUCAUUGCUUAAAUUUUAUAAGCUAUUGUACUUUCGUCAUACCAAAUGAUAUUCUAAAUCAUUCUGACCAAUAGAUGUAGCCUCGUCCAUAAAAAAGAGUUUUGAAACACUGUGGGAGCAGCCGUCCUCCUUGGGCCCCCACGUUUCCAGCCAGAAUCACUGCAAGGUCUCGGAACACGGGGUGCUGGACCGGAAGGGGUCUCUGGAGGAGGAAGUAGGAGGAACACAAUCAUGACCCGCUCCUCCUCCCUUCUCCUCAGUGCUGUUGGCCCUCUCCUGCCAGGCUCUCCCACUUCCCUCCUGCUGACCCUACCCUCUCUGGCAGCUUCCACCUCACGCACCCCUCCUCUGCCAAGCAGUCGCCAGUGUCGUCGGUGCUCGGGCCUUGGCUCAGCCCCCACCUCUUUUUGUAUUUGUAAUAUAUAUUAAUAUGAUUUCCUAAAACAGAAAAUUCAUUUGCUUUGAGUUUUUAUUUUGAAAACCAUACAGCCUCACCGUUUCCUUCUAAUACCUGUCCAUAUUAAGUGGAAGAAAAAAAAUAGUUCCUAUUUAACUGAUGAAUGUGGCUUUUUUUCCCCUUAAUGUUCAGAAAAUUGUGGCUGUUUCAUAGAUUUCUUCUGCAGUCCCUGUUUUGCUGCAGCUAUUCAUAGCUGUUCCUCGUUUUCUGCUUUUAUAUCCCUAUAAUAAUUACUGAAAAAUC